AUGCAACAACUCGAUCUCAAAGCAUGGUCUGCGAUGCCAUCACUCGGAGGAGCACACAGCCAUGCCACUUCGGUUUAUCGUCAGUCUCCUGUCGUUACGGAUGAACAACAUCGACUGGAUGCCGCGCUUUCCUUGCUGUUUCCAUCCACGGUCCAUGUGCAUAGCUCACUGUCGCUUUCUGGGCACAUUCAUUCACUGCGACUGAUCGUACUCUCGAAUGGUGCACGAGUGUUGUUAAAAGGGUCUCCUUCUUCAAGCACUGCUCUACUUCGCCGCGAACGGUCCUUCCUUGAAAAUGAGGCCCAAUUCCUUGCUCUGCUCGGACAGAGUGGAAAUCCUUGCAUCCCUCAGCUCUAUAAUUACGACCCCAGUGGAAGACCGUGGGGAUCUCCUUACCUGAUUCGGCAGUACAUGAACGGAAGAAGCUUGUCGGAAAUGGAAAACGAGAUUUCACCUGUGCAGCGAGACGGAAUCGAUCGCCAUCUGGGCUUCUUGUUGAGCACAAUUGGACAGAAUGCUGCUCCAGGGUUUGGAACCCUGCAGCAAGUGGCAAGGGGCGCUGGAACGUCCUCCUGGAGAGAUGCUUUCUGCGCGCUGUUUGAGGGCAUCCUCCGCGAUGCGGAAGAUACCUUUGUUCAUCUGCCUUACUCGGAGAUCCGAGAUGGGCUGAGCCGUCUCGCACCCGCUCUCGAAGAUGUCACCCUGCCCCGGCUGGUGGUGGUGGAUUUUGGCCGGCCCUCUCACAUCUUGUUGGAUGAAGAGUCCAAACAACUGUCGGGUAUUGUAGACUUCAGCAGUGCACUUUGGGGUGACGUCUUGAUGGCCGAGAUCUUUGAAACCCCGUCACAGGCGAUCUUGCAAGGCGCCGGGAUACCAUUGCUCAGAACAAGGGAGGAACAGAUCCGGUUGGUGCUGUAUGCAUGCUAUCGGCUGGUAUCUCAGAUCACAGUGCAGUAUUACCGAACUCGAGACGAAGCGAGUGAGUUUGACUCUCGGCGACGAUUGACGACCACAAUUGCGGAGAUGAUGAGGUUUGAACUUUGA